AUGGGGCAUCAGGUGAUAAUAUUUGACUUUUCUCUCAUAAGAGGACUGUGGGAAACUCGAGUCAAGAAGAACAAAGAACGUCAGAGGAAAGAGAAAGAAAGAUUAGAAAAAAGCUCAUUGGAGAAGAUAAAGCAGGAAUGGAAUUUCAUACUAGAGUGCCGGAAGAAAGGCAUUCCUCAAUCAAAAUAUCUCAAGAAUGGCUUUGUAAACACUGAUGAGAAGAUCUUGGACACUUAUGGAAAGACUCCUCAGCUCCGGAAGAGGCAUACUUUGUCAGAUGAAGCAAAUAAGGAAAGAAACAAGUUUAUUUUUCAGCUUUCUGGAGAGCAGUGGAUGGAAUUCCCAGAUUCUCUGAAAGAACAGACCUAUCUGAAAGAAUGGCAUGUGUGCAAUACUUUGAUACAAACCAUUCCAGCCUACAUUGCAUUGUUUCAAGAUCUGAGAGUACUGGAUUUGUCAAAAAAUCAAAUCAACCAUCUCCCAGUGGAAAUUGGCUGCUUAAAAAAACUCAAAGUGCUCAAUGUGAGUUUCAAUAAUUUGAAGUCAAUCCCUCCAGAAUUGGGUGAUUGUGAGAAUCUGGAAAAACUGGAUUUGUCUGGAAAUAUGGAAAUAAGAGAGCUCCCAUUUGAACUAAGUAACCUGAAACAAGUCACAGUUGUGGACAUGUCAGCAAACAAGUUCCAUUCUAUUCCAAUCUGUGUACUCCGGAUGUCUAAUUUGCAGUGGCUGGAUAUUAGCAGCAACAACCUGAAAGAUCUCCCAGAAGACAUAGACAGGUUAGAUCAACUGCAGACGCUUCUUCUACAGAAAAACAAGUUGACUUACCUUCCACGAGCUCUGGUCAACAUGCCAAACCUCAGUUUGCUAGUUGUCAGUGGCGAUGACCUGGUUGAGAUACCUACAGCUGUCUGUGAGUCAACCACAGGAUUAAAAUUUGUAAGCCUCAGGGACAGCCCGGUUGAAACUAUUGUAUGUGAAGACACAGAAGAAAUUAUAGAAAGUGAACGUGAACGGGAGCAAAUUGAGAAAGAGUUUAUGAAGGCAUACAUUGAAGACCUAAAGGAAAGGGAUUCUACUCCUUCCUACACUACAAAAGUAUUACUCAGUCUUCAGCUCUGA